AUGUCGCGCCACAGACAGCCGUGUGUUAGCUCAUUAGAUUCCACUGGCGAGUUCACUCGCACCUCUUUCCAUCUCCCUGCUCUUCUCCUCUGUCUUUCUCUACUCCUGCAGCCUUCUCAAGCAGCUGUUGCCUGUCCCAAUGCCAUUUGUGAAGAAUGCUCUUGCGAAGGCAAUCCUGGCCCUCAGGGCGAACCUGGACCCCAAGGUCACAUGGGUCUACCUGGAUCUAUAGGUCCGCGAGGUUCCAGAGGUCCCCCUGGUACUAGGGGUCUGCAGGGUCUACCUGGGUAUCCUGGUGAGCCUGGUCGUAAAGGCAUCAUGGGUGACAAAGGUCAGCCUGGAAUGCCAGGAACUGACGGUUUGAAGGGCAUGCCAGGUAUCAAGGGACCCAAGGGUUUCCCUGGUGAUCCGGGAUGUUGCGGGAUAAAGGGACUUCCAGGCUUUCCUGGGCUCCCUGGACCCGACGGCUAUGACGGCCUUCAAGGACCUCGUGGACUCAAAGGCGAAAAGGGUGAAAAAGGUGAAACAAUAGUUGGCGAUGGGACGGCUGUUAGAGGGCCUCCCGGCAUGAAAGGCUCGCGUGGACCUCAAGGGCCUGUUGGACCUCGUGGUCCCGACGGCGAACGUGGUCGUCCUGGUGUACAGGGCCCCAAAGGUUUUAUGGGGCCCGCUGGAGACCAUGGUGAACAGGGCCCUAAAGGCCCAAAGGGCAAGACCCCUAGUCCAUCAAUUCAAUACGCCCAACGAGGUGAAAAGGGUGAGAAGGGCUACAAAGGUGCCUCCUAUGAGAAACCGCCCGGUAUAGCCGGUUUUCCUGGAGUCCCUGGCCAACCUGGUCCUCAAGGUGAUCCCGGCCCCCCGGGCAAGAAAGGCAAAACUGGUCCAUCAGGAGUGUCAGGCGCUUCAGGUCGGCCUGGUAUUGACGGAAUGCAAGGUCCACCAGGUCCCGAAGGUCCUCGCGGUGUAAAAGGUGAGAAAGGCUAUCCCGGGAGAACUGGGCCAAAGGGAGAACAGGGUCCAAAAGGUGACACCAUCACCACUGAGGGUACACUUCCCGGUCCAGAUGGAGAACGUGGUGAAAUGGGACCUCCUGGUCCUCCUGGUGAUGAAGGUCCGAUGGGGGAAAAGGGUCUGGAAGGUGAGCGUGGAGAUCCCGGCGAACCGGGUCCCAAGGGUGAACCUGGCCCAGGCUAUGGAACCAUCGUUCCUGGAGAACCUGGACCCAAGGGAGAAAGAGGUCUCCCUGGAGUUGAUGGGAAACGUGGAAAAACCGGACCUCCCGGGCCUCGAGGUGUUAAGGGUGUCAAGGGUUUACCUGGCCAAGAUUUAGUUGGUCCAAAAGGUGAAAGGGGCCCUCCUGGUGUUCCUGGAACACAAGGACCUGCCGGUGAGCGAGGUCCUGAAGGUCCACAAGGCCCACCAGGAGACCCUGGUGAAGAUGGACCCAGCAUAGAUGGGGUGAAAGGCCCACCAGGUGUUAAAGGUUUACCAGGUAGCCCAGGUCUCCGUGGACGACCGGGUCCUAGAGGUCCAACUGGUCCCCAGGGCGAUUGUGCCUAUUGCCCGGAUGGUCUUCCAGGACCACGUGGUCCAAAGGGCUUUACUGGCCGUCCUGGACGUCCAGGCCCGGACGGUGUAGACGGCGCUCCUGGUGCCAAAGGUCUUCCAGGCUUCCAAGGUCCCGAUGGUCCUAUGGGUCCCGCAGGCAGGAAGGGUGCCAAAGGUGAACCGGGCCCAAUGGGCGAUCGCGGACCUCCUGGCGAACCGGGCCGCAUUGAAUUCAUCAAUCAGACCAUCACUGAAGCCCCAAGAGGACAAGACGGUCCUCCAGGCAGACCUGGACCCCGUGGCUUAACUGGCCCUAAAGGAUUCCCUGGACAACAGGGUCCACGUGGACCUCUAGGCCCAAAGGGGGAGACUGGUGCAAAGGGUCUCCCAGGUUUCAGCGGACCUCAAGGUGUUCAAGGACCACCUGGUGAUCCAGGUCCCGAUGGAAGAGUUAUGAGAGCUCAGAAAGGUGAACCCGGUCCACCUGGUCGUGACGGAUUCCCCGGUCCGAAGGGUGAAAAGGGUGAACGCGGUCCUGACCGAAUCAUCGAACAGCUCUACGAACACCUCAAAGGCGAACCUGGACCAAAGGGUGAAAAAGGUGAACCUGGAGUUCCUGGAUUCCCCGGUGCUCAAGGUGCACCUGGUGAAAAGGGUCUUCGUGGAACCGACGGGAAGGACGGAAAGAAGGGCUACCCUGGUGAUGUCGGACCUCCGGGUCCACCUGGGGAGAAGGGUCGUCGUGGACCCAAGGGCCAGCCCGGAUUGCCUGGUAGCCGAGGUCCCGAUGGACGUCAGGGACCGCAGGGUCCUAUGGGACCCAAAGGUCAACGCGGACCUGAAGGAGAACGCGGCGAAACCGGUCUUCCUGGUCCUGAUGGUGGCUCUGAACCUGGUCUCAGGGGUCCACGCGGUGAACCUGGUGAAAAGGGUCGCAAGGGUGAAUCUGGUGCUCCUGGUCUUCAAGGUCUUCCAGGAGAGAAGGGACCCAAGGGAAUCGCUGGCGUUGCUGGACGUCCAGGACAACCUGGACCGAAAGGUGUUAAAGGAGAGCCUGGUAUUCCUGGAGAAGUGCUCUACGGUCCCAAAGGACCCAAAGGUGCUCGGGGUCCUCCUGGAUUGCCCGGCCUGAGGGGCCCUAAGGGCGAUAAAGGUCCGGAUGACUAUAUCAGUGAGGGUAUGAAAGGCGAUAAGGGUCAGAAGGGACAGGCCGGCCAAGUAGGACCUCCAGGUGCGGACGGUCCUCCAGGUCCGAAGGGCAAGCAGGGUCCACCUGGACCGAUUGGCAAGGACGGCCCACAGGGAGAAGCUGGAGAUCCCGGCGAAAUGGGACCUGUGGGACCACCUGGACGUCAAGGACCUAAAGGACCACCUGGUCUUUCUGGAGAGAUAGGCCCUGAAGGUCCCGUAGGACCUCCUGGCCCUGCUGGUCCACCGGGACCCAAGGGUGACCCUGGUCCAAAAGGCUAUCCUGGCGAGAAGGGUGAUGUGGGACCCCCUGGGUCUGGCUCACCUGGAGUUAAGGGUGAGAAGGGCCAGCCGGGUCGCAUGGGAAUUCCUGGUGAUCCAGGUUAUGACGGUAUCCCAGGACCCAAGGGUAACCCGGGUCCACCUGGCCAAUCCAUUCAGGGACCACCUGGACCUAGAGGUCCUAAAGGUGAACAGGGUUUGCAAGGUCCACCUGGUGCCGAUAAACCGCCCGCUAGAAAAGGAGUCCCUGGUCCCUCUGGACCAAAAGGUCCACGAGGACCCAAGGGCGAACCCGGCAGUCCAGGUCCAGAAGGUCGUCCAGGACCACGCGGACCCAUCGGCCCUAUUGGUGAUGAAGGACCUCAGGGUCGUCCUGGACUUCCAGGUCCAGCUGGUCCAAAAGGUUCAAAAGGCCGACCAGGAGUUCAGUACGGUCAACCAGAACCAGGCGACAAGGGAGAACGGGGACCUCCAGGUCCACCUGGAGAUAUUGGAGUAACAGGAUCUCCAGGUGCUAAAGGCGAGCCCGGUCCCAUGGGACUUCCAGGCAUACCAGGUCCACAAGGGUUCAAGGGCCAUCCUGGAUUCCAAGGCAAGAAGGGCGCUCGAGGACCUGAAGGACCUCGGGGGCCGGACGGCCUUUCAGGACCACGUGGACCUCAUGGACCUCGUGGACCAAGAGGACCGCCUGGACCUGUUGGUCCAAAGGGAGAACGCGGACCAGAGGGCGAACCUGGAGAUUCAAUGGUUGGUCUGCCUGGAGCUAAAGGUGAGCCCGGAGAACCCGGCCCCAUGGGUUCACCUGGCAUCAAGGGUGCGAUUGGAGUCCCAGGAACUCGCGGACGUCCAGGUGAACGUGGUGACCCAGGUCCUGACCUUGUCGGUACCAAGGGUCAAAAAGGUGAUCGCGGUGUUCCUGGCAGACCAGGACCACAAGGAACCCGUGGACCCAAGGGUCCCAAGGGUAUCUCAUAUCCACAACCCGGAGAACCGGGUCCAGAUGGACCUCCCGGACCAAAGGGAGUCAAGGGUGAACGUGGACCACCAGGACCAGUUGGACAGCCUGGCCCCAAGGGUGAACGUGGAUCCCCUGGAGAGCCCGGACAACGUGGUAUACCUGGACCUGAUGGAAGACCAGGACUUGAUGGGCGCGACGGACAACCAGGACCACAAGGCUUCAAAGGUGAGAAGGGCUUCCGUGGACCCAAGGGUGAACGAGGUCCAAUGGGUAUGCUGGGUCCAAAGGGUGAACAGGGUGAUCGCCUUUCGGGUGAAAAGGGCCAGAAGGGUCAACCAGGUCCCGAUGGACCUACCGGUGAGAUGGGUUUACGGGGUCCACAGGGUCAACCCGGUCCCCAAGGUCCCACCGGCGAACCCGGGCAAAAGGGUGAACCUGCACCAAUGGGUCCGAAAGGCUUUGAGGGUCCACCCGGUGAGUCUGGACCCCGUGGACCAACUGGACCCAAGGGUGACAUCGGUCCUCCGGGUGAACCUGGUCUUCCUGGUCGUGUUGGUGACACUCGAGGCAACACUGGCUUCCUCUUUGCCAAACAUAGUCAGACGAUGCGUAUUCCCGAAUGUCCGUCGUCAACACGUAAGCUCUGGGAAGGCUACUCCUUCCUGAGUAUGUCGGGGUCGGAACGGCCACAUGUCAACGACCUAGCGAGCCCAGGCUCCUGCCUGCAGAUGUUUAAUCCAAUUCCCUUCAUGUUCUGUGAGAAGCAGGAGAACUGCUACUUUGCCCAACGCAACGAUCGCUCCUACUGGCUAAGCACUGAGGAUGAGCCGAUGAUGUGGAACCCUGUACCAGUGAAUGAGUCGCAACGUCACAUCAGUCGAUGUGUUGUCUGUGAAGCACCUAGCACGCUCUAUGCCUUCCACUCGCAGACACUGGAGAUUCCCAAGUGCCCAAUUGGUUGGCAGGAUAUGUGGGUGGGAAGCAGUUUCCUCAUGAAUACUGGCUACGGAGCUCAGGGUGGUGGGCAGCAGUUGGCUUCACCAGGCAGCUGUCUGCCUAUCUUCCGCUCGCACAUGUUCAUUGAGUGCACCGCAAAGGGUCUCUGCGGCUUCUUCGAGGAGCACAAGAACUUUUGGCUACGCGUUAUGCCCAGCUCCAUGGACGAACACAUGUUUGGUAUGGUGAUGGGACAAGUGAUCAAGGUGAGGCAGAGUCAGGACUCCGUUGGAAAGUGCAUCGUCUGUAUGCGCACCCAACCGCUGGUCAACUAUAUUGUCUAA